UUCUCUGUCUCUCAAUUCUUUCACGAAUCGAGGAUUAGUUGUUUGGAUUUCGAAUAUGACUACACGUUAUUGUUUUGCAGCAUUGUUGAGAUCAUGGGAACCUUGGCACUAGAUAAUGAGAAUGUACACUCUGAAGAGUACGUAACAUUGGGGCUUAAAGAAUCGGGGAAUGGAAAUUCCGGAAACCCCCGAGUUUUAUCACUUUUGUCAACACUUCUUGAGAGGUCUGUUCAGAAAAAUGAAAGGAUACUAGAGGCCACAAAGACCAAAGAUGCUAUCACAAUAUUUCACGGUUCAAGAGCACCUUCUCUGGGCAUCUGUCAAUAUAUUGAUCGUAUUUUCAAGUACUCGCGCUGCAGCCCUUCAUGCUUUGUUUUAGCAUACAUAUAUGUGGAUAGAUUCGUUCAGAAGACAAAUUUUUACUUAACAUCCCUAAACGUUCACCGAGUUAUAAUCACCAGUGUAAUGGUGGCAGCGAAGUUUAUUGAUGAUGCAUUCUUCAAUAAUGCAUACUAUGCUAGAGUGGGAGGCGUAAGCACGGCAGAGUUGAACAAGUUGGAGAUGAAGCUUUUAUUUGGUCUCGACUUCCAACUUCACGUGAAUCUGCAGACAUUCAGGAAGUAUUGUUCGCUGUUGGAAAAGGAAGCAACGGACGUGCUUCAGAUUGAACGCUCGUUCCAGGUGUGUGGAAUAAAAAAGAGCUGGCAAAACAAAGACGAUUCAACUUGUGCUCCUACAAUUGCUAGAUGAAAUUCUACUUGGGUCUGGAGAUAUGAAGACAAAAAGUUGCAAUAAAAGAAAAUGGAUUUUAAAUUAGUUUGUCACACAGUUUAGUGGAUAUGAUUGUUGUAAGAUUGCAGCCUGCUGUAUUUUUCUUCUUCAUUUGAGUAGCAUAGAGUUUGGUCUAGGAAUCAUUUCUCCUUGUUCUUUUGGAUUCCUUCACUCUAUUUUUUGUCGAUUUUCCUUUUCGAGUUC